CACUAUACACACCUGAAGUACAACAGCUGACAAGAUACUGCAUCAUGUAUAUAUAGCUGGUCAGAUUGACCACACUACAAUGCAGUAAAACUGACCACAUUAAGUAAGACACUUACAGACUUGUGGUCAGUAACACUGGAGAAAGCAUACCUUGACACACAACCUGUAAACAGGUAAACAUUAUUGCACACCGGAGGAAUUGCACCCUGACAUACCUGUGGCUUACCCGGCCACGUUUAGUGACCAGUCCAGCUGACGACCUUACCUGGCAGUAGAUAAUAAUGACGACCUUCCCCCCACAUGGACACGGUAAGGGUUAUAACAGGGCAUCAUCAAGGCUUGGCAUGAACAUGAAACAGACUUGACGAUUUUGCAACAUGUCUACAACCUUCUCUGAUUCGGAGGAUUUUAAACCCGACUGAGUACACGAGAGAGUGUGUAUGUGGGGAGGUAUGCUGAAGUCUCUGUUGUGGUCAACAGAACUCCAGUGCUAAAAUCUUUGGAAUAAUUGGAAACCGUAACUUGGACAUUGUCCCCCAGAGAGUUGAUCACACAGUGACCUCUACAAUGUGUUUAUGAGAAUUAUCGCCAGGUCGUUAGUUAUCACACCCCUACAUUGGUUUUGCGUCAGAAGAUGUUUUGGUUUCUCUAGCAGAUGUGAUUUGAUGAAAUUAUUGUUUCCUUGGAAGUGAAGGCAUCUGUGAAGAUAUUGACGUUGAGUUUGACCUCUAGUAAAUAGGAACAGAGUGAAAAUAGGCUAAUAGAAAGGUGGGAUGCUGUGUGAGUUGUUCAUGAACAGUUGAUGUGUUUAGCAGCCAAUCCUUGUUGGCCAUAAAAAGGUGUCUUUGGAGGAGGAUAUGAGAGUUAACAUGAUGGAGGACGGUUGUGAUGACCCCAGCGAUCUUGGUGAUGCAGAGGAGUAUCAACCUUCCUCCAGCUACCAGAAGCAUUACUUUCGACGGUUGGAGUUUGUCCUGAUGCUGAAUAACAUCGCCAAUGACCUUGACCUACUUUUAGAUGAGAUGUGUGACCUUUACCCCUACCCUGAGACAACCAGCAACGACUCAAGGUUCCAGUCUUUUGUGAAGACCCAACAGACAUACACUGACACUAGCCCUGGGCGUGGGGAGGACAGCGCCUUCGGAACAUUGGCUUCAACAGACAGCUACUCCAGCGAGCAGAAGACACGAAGUGACUCGCUCAAAUCUGCUCACCUGGAUGUGUUUGGUCUCAACAACAAGGGUUUGGAGAUCCCUACUUACCCAGAGAGGGCCCAGACGUCAGGAAGUGACUCGUGUGGUUCACAUGGGCGCAGCAUCCCCUUUGAGGAGCGCCUCACUAAGACACAUGCAAUAUGGUACCUGCCAGAUGUAGGGCGUUCAGGAGCGAUCCACCUCCUAAAGGACCGCGACCCUGGGAACUUCAUCAUUAGGAAGUCGAGCCAGCCUCCAACCCUGGCCCUCAGCGUACAGUUCCCAGAGAAGGGUGUGGCCAAUGUUGACCACUACCUGAUCAUGUCGACGGAGGACGGCUUCCAGCUACAGGGCUCGCAUCAUUACUUUUGUAACGUGGCCAACCUUCUGGCCUUUUACCACCAAAACAUGGAGGAACUUCCCCGUGUGUUGACGUUACCGCCCACCAUCAUGCGAGCAGGUACCUUACAGGAACUCAACUCACUUUCCUACCUUGGGCAAGAUUUCUGGACAUCAUACCGAUUUGACAAGGGCUCCAAUGCCAGCCUACAGGAGGGCUGUAGGAACAAGGUACAAAGUGUGCUGCUCCACAAGUCUACUAGUGAACCGAUCAACAUCCAGGGAAAUGUUGUGGGUCCAGAGGCCUCGGGUCAUGUGUCCCUGAGACCCCACAUGGCCCAGUCACUUCAGCACUUCCCAGGUACUCGCCGAAGUAACUCACACACUGUCUCUAGUCAGUCUAGUGGCAGUUCGCGGGAAUACCUGGGUGACAAUCGGUGGUCCCGCUCUGACCAUUCAGGUCCUGACAGGACCCCUUCUGGCAAACACAGGCGCUCCAAUGUCAGUUACGAUAGGAGUUCCUCGGAUCAUGACAGGAAUUCGUCAGAUAUAGGCUCCCAGUCGGGGGCAGUGGUUCAUGAAAGAUCAUCAUCGGGCCACAGUUAUACUGCUCCCAUGGGACAGUCAUGUGACACAUCUCACAAUGAUCAUGAGAGGACACCAUCAUCUGAGCGGAUAUUUCCGGUGAUAAGUCGACCUCUACGUGAAGACUCCCCAUCAGGGUCUAGUCUAACGGACAGUGGUAGAGUGUGCGAUCGGUGUGGGGGAAGUAGUCGUUCACUCACCCCCCACACACCUGGCAGCUCCUCCUCCCUCAACUCCAUCGACUACAAUGAGGAGUCACCACUGUCGCACACACAUCCUAAACCCACGCCGCACAAAUCAAACCUAUACUGCACCACCUCUCUAGAUCUUCUCCAACUUCCUGAGAAUCAAUAUUUCAAAAGCAGUUUAUCGGAUAAAAUGAGUGACUAUGAGGAUAUAUGGAAAAAUUCCACAGCCCCCACCCCAGUGCCAUCAGUGAAAUGUUCAGUGGUAAAUACUCCUGUGAAUUCUGUGAAAGGAUCAGAACCCGAUACUCCAGUGCCGUGUGUGGCGGUACAGACUGAUGACUACACAAAAUUCCAUCAAACUGACAAUCUAAACAAUGCUUCAGUGCAUGUACAGAAGCCACAGCAUAGUCACAAAAAUAUAAUGUACACCUCUCCACAGAAUGAUCUUGAUGUGGCCAACAGUACAGGUGUCAGAGACUCUAAUGUAGCCAAGGUCACACCUAAUUCUCAACGGCGCAUGCUCCGAGCUCUCAGUCUGGAUGAGUCCCAUAAACAUAACAAUCUCAGUGUACCCAUGCAGGUAGACCUUGGGGGAUUCCGGACUAUGUCUGAACAAGUGAUAGACCGACCAAAGACUUCUGUUCAGACCCAGACAAGUCCUCUUCCCAAGUACAAACCUCCAGCUCUCCAUCUCCAUAGUAACAGUAGUGCCGCUUCAUCUGUCACUUCAGGUGUCAAAAGUCCUGUGUAUGCAGAACCUUUUGAUGCCUUAGAUCCUGGUCUUAUACCAGACCAAAAACAGACACCAAGGGAACGACGUAGAUCAGCGCCAUCUAUGGGUGCAAAUGUGCAAUCACGGAAAGUGUUAGGCAUGUUCCACAAUCAUAAAUUAGAGACAAUUUUCUCACCUCGCCGUGAGGACAAUGCAACAAACUUUCAUUUUAGUCAGUUCGGUGCUAAUAACUCUGCAAUCAAUUCUGCCAUGUAUAAACUUCCACCUAAUGGUGGUAAAAACAACAAUAAUAAAAAGGGGACGCGACAAAGGAGGAGUAUGUCAAAUUUAUCAGUGUUAAGUAGGGAUAACCUUGAUCAGGUUGUAAAAAAACUGGAAACUAUUCAGUGUGAUGAUCAGAGUGUCAGUGACUUGGGGAAGCAGAAAAACAUGCUUCCUGAAAUGAUGAUAGAUGGUAUAGCUUAUGACCCAGAGGAACAGGUCACACCCACUCUUAGUAAAUUCCCAGUGUAUCAAAAGCAAGUGUCUGUGCGCUCAUGUCAGUCCGAAUACUCUACUAUGGAGGAUAUUAUUUCUAAUGAUAACCCCUCAUUGACUGUGAAGCCAAUUCCUGUGAUGCCAAUGAAAAACUAUCAUCGUGUUUUGUCGGAGUAUGACAAUCUGACGAAUCAGUAUGCCCCUCCCUCUGCGCGCUCACAUACUAGUACUGGUACAGAGUUCUGUAAGCCAUGGGGAAAUAACUUCUUUGAGUCCCUACUGAUCAAAACUAAUAAUCCUAAAAUGGUGCCCCCGAUGGAUGUGAAUGAACGUAUUCAGGCAUGGAGAUCUGAUAGCCAGAAAUUCCGCCCUGUGUCGAGUGUGAGGGACAGUGUGAUCUCUAACUCUACUUUAAUGGAGGAGGAGGAAGAGGACGAGUCUAUCUGUGAUACGCCCCAGCCCGCUGUCAUACAGCCUCCACCCCUCCCCAGUGUUCCAUGUCCCAGUCGUGUCCCUCCCACUGGGGAACACCACAUGUCGAAGGCCAGGGAGGGCCAGGACGAAGAUGACAAGUCAGAGGCAUCUACAACCACUAACACAUUCCACAGCGUUGCACAGCCCAAGCCGUCAAAAGCACAUCCUGUGGCCCCAAAACACCACAAGCCUAAAAGUCAGCACCCUGAGACACGAAUACGGGAUUACAUCAUUAAGUUGUCCGAGGACAAGAGCACCACAUUUGGGAGUACAAUAACCAACUUUAUACAGUGUACCAUAGAGAGUCCGGAGACCAACCCAGGAAAUGUCACCAGAAAUGUACGCCAGUUUAUGACAGGUAUCAGGAAUUACCUGGUAAAACAUGAGCUGGAGGAUGUGAUAGAGACGGAGAGAAUACGGUUGCGGUCUAAUGAGAUUCUGAAUGUGGAUGCUAUCAUAGAGCGAGCUCUCCAUGUGUGUGUACUUCAGCCCCUCAAACACCACAUCUACCAGCUGUUUGUCAAUGAAUACACCAGAAACGGCAGUGUGAAGAAUCUCUCUGAAAACAUUCGCUAUGCUAGAACAAAGUCUCCAGAAGAGAUUGGCUUAAGGCCUGGAAUCUCGCCCCCAGACAGCACUGUGAUGGAGUCUAUCAAGCAAUAUCUCAUGAAGAUGCAGAAGGCGUACUCGCCCCUGAAGAAGUUGGAGUAUCUCCUUGGUGCGACCUCCAUCAUCUAUCAGUGUACGAACAAGCCAGUACAUGCCAGACCCGGGCCUGUCCCUAUGGGAGCUGAUGAUUUCUUGCCGAUGAUGAUCUAUGUGCUGGUGCAUUGUGGGUUUGUUACUGCCGAGAUAGAGUCAGACUACAUCUGGGGCCUCAUCCAUCCCUCCCUACUCAAUGGAGAGGGUGGGUACUACCUCACCUCUCUCAGCAGUGCCGUCCUCGUCCUCAAAAGAUUCCGGGACAUGCAGGAAACACAGGCUACACAACAUGAGGGCCACCUGCCAGGUAUAGAGGACAUACAGGGUUUCCUAAAGAUUGCCAUUCCUGAUGAGCUCAGGGACAGCAUCAUAUGGAAAACGCUACCUGUCCGACCCAAGAUGCACACCAAGGAAGUGUGUACUCUUAUAGCCCACAAAUUCAAGGUGACUAACCCUCAGGACUACGGUCUAUACAUACUCAUCAAAGGGGAAGAGAGGAGAUUACAGGAUGUUGAAAUUCCUCAGGAUCUGAAAACAGAACACCAGAAUAGCAAGAAGAACUGUGUGUUUGCCUACAAACGUACAGCAGCCAAUAUUGCCUGGCCGAUGUCGCUACAGAAGUGAAUCCUGCGAGCUACCUGUAUAUUACCAGUGCCGAGUAGGGCCAUAAUUGCUACAAAAAAGAGUGGAUAAGUCAUGUUCCUACCUGGAUUGUACUUC